AUGUGGAUCGUCAACUGGUUCUACGAUAUCCUUGCAUCGCUCGGCCUCCUCAAUAAACAUGCCAAACUAUUGUUCCUCGGGUUGGACAACGCAGGAAAGACGACGUUAUUACACAUGCUGAAGAAUGACCGAGUUGCGAUCCUCCAACCAACCUUACAUCCAACCUCCGAAGAACUAGCCAUCGGCAACAAUCGGUUUACCACAUUCGACCUUGGAGGUCAUCAGCAAGCUCGCCGACUCUGGCGUGACUAUUUCCCUGAAGUCUCUGGAAUCGUCUUCCUCGUCGACGCCAAAGACCACGAACGUCUGCCCGAAGCCAAAGCGGAACUCGACGCCCUUUUGUCGAUGGAAGAUCUCGCCAAGACACCUUUCUUGAUACUUGGAAACAAGAUCGAUCACCCAGACGCCGUGUCUGAGGAUGAGUUGAGACACCAAUUGGGGCUGUAUCAGACAACAGGGAAGGGAAAGGUGCCACUCGAAGGCAUCCGUCCGAUCGAGGUGUUCAUGUGCAGUGUGGUCAUGAGGCAGGGUUACGGAGAGGGUAUCAGGUGGUUGGCGCAGUAUGUGUAA